AAGCAGCUGGCAGCGGGGCAAGGCUGCUCGCUCGGCGGCUGGUGCCUCUGCGUCCCGAGUGGGUAGGAGAGGGGUGCUGGAAAUCCACUCCCGGGAGGAAAUGCCAGCCCUGCCUGGAGGGGUGCAACUGGUCCUGGAGCAGUCCCCGGCGGGGGGAACUUGUGUCAGCCCCUUCCCCAGAGCAGCAUCCCGGUGUGGGGAUGCGAUUCCCUGCGGAUGGUCGCCUCAUGAUGGACGAGAGCUCUGAGAGCACUUGAACAUCUUGGCGUUUGCGGCUUGUCUCUCAUUUUCAUCGUUGUUCAGAUUUCCUGUUUUGAAAACUGGGCUGAGCACUUUGUUGGGCUUUUAGAGCCCAUGGCAGAAAUAGGUUGUUUAAUAACGACGUUUAGGAUCCCAUUAGUUUUUGACGCUUGGGACUGAUCUGGGAGAGCAGUUGAGAAUGCCCCUGGAUGGAUUCACUUUGCCCCUGUGACUUGGAGCAGCAGCGUUUGGAGGAAGCGGCAGGGACAAAAUGGACAGUUCAUAAAAGGAACAAUUGUGCACUGCCCGUUCUAGAGGGCACUUGCUGCCCUUCAAGAACUUUCCUCAUUGCAUAUGCUCUUUACACAGCAAAUCUUUAUCUUCUGUUUCUGGCCUUUUUUUUUUCUACCUUAGUCCAGAAAAUGAAACUGGAACAGACAUUUCUGGAAAUAAACUUGAUUGGUGCAGUUGGGAAGAUGUGAUUCAGUUAUAAUGAACAGUGAAUUUUGUCCCAUUUUUUCUCAGUUCAGGAUUUGAAUUACGUAUUUCCUGAUUUUUAACCUGUUUACAUAGUUAUGCAGGGUAGAUUUUUAACCCUGCAAAUAAAGCAUUUGUAGUGUUGGAUUGCCAAGAGGUACCCCAGGUACAUCCAGGGUUUAAAAGCUGCUGUUAUUUUAGAAGUAUCUGAUGCUUUACCUUGUAAAUCAAAAGGUUUAAUUGUGCAUUAUUUCUUCUUAUAAUCCCACUCUGUGCUUGGAAGAAGCAAAGCUGUUAGCAGUGAAAUCUGGAGUUCGUGGAGCUCGAGUAUUUCCAGGAUUGGCCAAAAAUAAAUUAUGGGCAGCAGAAAUGAUGGAAGAAUUGCAUAGCCUGGACCCACGCAGGCAGGAGCUCCUGGAGGCCAGGUUCACUGGGGUUGGGGUUGCCAAGGGUCCGUUAAAUAGUGAGUCUUCCAACCAGAGCUUGUGCAGCGUGGGCUCUCUGAGUGAUAAAGAAUUGGAGACUCCUGAGAAAAAGCAGAAUGACCAGCGGAAUAGGAAGAGAAAAGCAGAAGCCUACGAGACCAGUCAAGGGAAAGGCACUCCUAGAGGGCAUAAAAUUAGUGAUUAUUUUGAGUUUGCUGGGGGCAGUGGCCCAGGAACCAGUCCCGGUAGAAGCGUGCCACCCGUCGCCAGAUCCUCUCCGCAGCAUUCCCUGUCCAACCCCUUGCCGCGGCGAGUGGAGCAGCCGCUGUAUGGGGUAGACAGCAGCGCAGCCAAGGAGCCGCAGGAGGAACACUCUGCUCUGCCAACGCUGAUGUCGGUGAUGCUGGCGAAGCAGCGGCUAGAGAAUGAGCAGCUGGCACAGAGGGGAGGUGGCCUCUGUUUUACUUUUGUCUCGGCCCAGCAAGGCAGCCCAUCUUCUACCGGAUCAGGGAACACUGAGCAUUCCUGCACCUCCCAAAAACAGAUUUCCUUCCAGCACAAACAGUCACAGUCUGACCUCACAAUGGAAAAAAUAUCUGCACUAGAAAACAGUAAGAACUCUGACUUGGAGAAGAAGGAGGGGAGGAUAGAUGACUUAUUAAGAGCCAACUGUGAUUUGAGACGGCAGAUAGACGAGCAGCAAAAGAUGCUGGAGAAGUACAAGGAGCGGUUGAAUCGAUGUGUAACGAUGAGCAAGAAGCUUCUUAUAGAAAAGUCAAAGCAGGAGAAGAUGGCAUGCCGAGAUAAGAGCAUGCAGGAUCGCUUGAGGCUGGGGCACUUCACCACGGUGCGGCACGGCGCAUCCUUCACCGAGCAGUGGACAGAUGGUUAUGCCUUCCAGAACCUCAUCAAGCAACAGGAAAGGAUAAAUUCCCAGCGGGAAGAAAUAGAAAGACAACGAAAAAUGUUAGCAAAGCGGAAGCCACCCGCAAUGGGCCAGACCCCUCCAGCAAGCACAGAGCAGAAACAACGCAAGAACAAGACCAAUGGAGCAGAAAAUGAAACGUUAACAUUAGCAGAAUACCAUGAACAGGAGGAAAUCUUCAAACUCCGACUAGGUCAUCUUAAAAAGGAAGAAGCUGAGAUCCAGGCAGAGCUGGAACGGCUAGAGAGGGUUAGAAAUCUGCACAUCAGGGAAUUGAAAAGGAUACACAAUGAAGAUAAUUCACAAUUUAAAGACCAUCCAACGCUAAAUGAUAGAUAUUUGUUGCUACAUCUUCUGGGUAGAGGUGGCUUCAGUGAAGUAUAUAAGGCAUUUGAUUUAACAGAACAGAGAUAUGUAGCUGUGAAAAUACACCAGUUAAAUAAAAACUGGAGGGAUGAGAAGAAAGAAAACUAUCACAAACAUGCAUGUAGAGAGUACAGAAUUCACAAAGAACUGGAUCACCCUCGAAUAGUUAAACUAUACGAUUACUUCUCACUGGAUACUGACUCGUUUUGUACAGUGUUAGAAUACUGUGAGGGGAAUGAUCUGGACUUCUACCUGAAACAGCACAAGCUAAUGUCAGAGAAAGAGGCACGAUCCAUUAUCAUGCAAAUUGUGAAUGCUUUAAAAUACUUAAAUGAAAUCAAACCUCCCAUCAUACACUAUGACCUUAAACCAGGUAACAUUCUUCUAGUCAAUGGUACUGCAUGUGGAGAGAUAAAAAUCACAGAUUUUGGACUUUCCAAAAUUAUGGAUGAUGAUAGCUACAACUCAGUUGAUGGCAUGGAGCUGACAUCGCAGGGGGCUGGUACUUACUGGUAUUUGCCACCAGAAUGUUUUGUGGUUGGGAAAGAACCUCCAAAGAUUUCAAAUAAAGUUGAUGUCUGGUCAGUGGGAGUCAUCUUCUAUCAGUGUCUGUAUGGCAGAAAGCCCUUCGGCCACAACCAGUCACAACAGGAUAUUUUGCAGGAGAACACAAUUCUGAAAGCUACUGAGGUGCAGUUCCCUCCAAAGCCAGUAGUCACACCAGAAGCAAAGGCGUUCAUCAGGCGGUGUCUGGCCUAUCGAAAGGAGGACCGGAUAGAUGUCCAGCAGCUGGCCUGUGACCCCUACUUGCUGCCUCACAUCCGCAAAUCUGUAUCCACAAGCAGCCCAGCUGGAGCUGCAAUUGCAUCAACCUCUGGAUCAUCCAAUAACAGCUCUUCAAACUGAGACAGAGUCAUAGGCCAAAAACUGCUUGAGAAACCGGCAAAAAGACUUUCAGAAACACCUUUGGAACAGAGGAAUCCACAAGGGUCUCAAGAAACCUGUACCAGGUGCUUUUUUCUCUUGCUUUUUUCCAUCCAUAGAGCAUGACAACAUCAACUCUCAUCAAGAAAGCCUUCAGCAUCUAGGCCAAGCCAUGUGGAUAGGAGAUGGCUUGAGGUUUAUCCAGUCAGUGACCACAAAGGGGUGACUGCUCUGAGCAAGGAGGGGAAACUCAAGAAAAAAUUCAAAAAGACAUGGUUCCAUGUACUGUGAACUUCUGAACAUGCAGCCUUGGAAAAUCCAGGAUGCCGUGUGUGCUUCAUAUGAAGAAUGUGGACUUUGGAAAAAAGACUGGGCUAGUCCAGUGUUGAUAUUUAAACAUUGUUCUUUUUCUUUUAAUAAAGUUUAGGUAACAUCUCCUUGAAAAGCUCGAAGCACCAAGGUUCAGCUGGGGAUGGUAUAUGACUCUUUGCCCUUUGGAGGGGAAAAAAGUUGAUCCUGCCUGUUCAUGGCACUAGAGUUAGUGUUUUACCCCUAAUUAAUUUCAUUUUUUUUUAAAUAACAGUUUUUUGGAAGAAGACAGUUUUCUGGUCUCAGUGAAACCCGUAUUAGCAGGUUUGUGACAGUGUCCAUUCUGCAGCUGGUGCAACUUUCUGCUCCUUUGGGAUGGCCUCUUGGGAAUGAUUCACCUUCUCAGGAGGGUGGUGAAGCCCUGGGAGAACAGGCCUGUGUCAUUCUGUGAUUAGAGGGGAUCACAGCUCAGGCUGCCACAAGGUCUCAGCUGCUGCUUCAUCGCUCUCAAAACGGUUGCACCAUUUUAAUGUGUUGAAGUGCUGUUUUUGCAGACCCAGUCCAUCAUGCUCAUACUGAGCUCUCCUUACUUGUGAGCCUGAUCUUGGCUGGCAGGCAGAGAGCAGGCAGGGAUUAAAGCACAGCUCAGGUGUCACAGGUGUGAUUUGUGCCCACACAGCUCUCUACUGAUCUGUUCAUGUUAGAGUGUUCUGAAGCCGAAGCCUUGUCUGCUCAUCUCUGUUGGGUGACUUGGGAGCAAAGCUUCCUCUCUCCCUUAGCAAUUUUCAACUUUGCUGACUCAUGAAACUUGCUGCCAUCACUGCAUUGGAUUUCAGAUGGCAGGGAAUUAACGUUCUUGAAAGGAGCAAACACCCUAAUUAUUGUCUCCCUCCUGUAAUAUGCAUGGAGGGGUCUUGUACCUCCAGCUGGAUCUGCCUGCUGUGAAAUGGGAGCCUCCCACUCUGCUUUCUUUUCCCUCCCGCUUAGAAGGAAAACUGAAAAUGCAAAAAGCGCAGCAACUGAACAUGUGGCAGCCAGGUUGGAGUGCUCCUAACAUGUUGCAGGAGUUCUUAGCCAGAAAUAUUUCAAGAUGCAGUGUCAAGGAGCAGGGUUUGUCCCGGGGGGGGGGGGGAGAUGAGCCCUGCAUGACGGCAAUUCGGGAUGGUGGCUGAACAAGCCACCCUGUGCACACUUCCCUGCCCAGUCCCUGGACUAUUCUGGGCUGGGGGAUCCUUUGUGGGACACUUCCAGGAUUGUACCCACAGCUGUGGCAGCCUGUGGGCUGUUUGGGUGGCUCUGUUACCCCACUGGCAUCUCCUGGCAAGUGCUGUUCUCCAUCAUGCACUCAGAACUGCCACUUGUCCACCUUAUUGUAAGCCAUCAUCUGCAAAUACUGUGCUUAAACCUGAUCAGGAACCUGUUAACUGAGAAAUGGAGCAGUCUGUUGGAAUUAAGUAACAGGCCAGGGAAGUGGAGAACUCUGCUACUUUGAUUUUUCUUAAUAUUUUUUGUAGUGAUUCUUGGGCUUUUAAUUUGAUUUACUCCCUUGCAGCUGCAUUUAGGAUGGUGUCUAAACUGCUGUAGUGUUUUAUAAAAAGAACAGAAAUACUGCAUCUUUAAAUCCACAGCCAUCCUUUCUUAGCCCUUUCCAUGCCUGCUGCUAGAAGUUAAUUGUCCAGCAAGGAGCUUCAACGUGUUUAUUCAGCCUCUGUCAGGAGAAAUCAGGGUUGGUGCUUCAUUGCAUUUGCCAAAACUGGUGAUUUGGUAUCUCUCCAUAUCAGGGAGAAUUCUAAAAGGGUUUUUUUCUAUCCUGGUCCCCUUGUUUCUUGGCCAUUCAGUGUGUGCAUCUUUGUGGGUGUGAUUAGUUUUGUGUCAAAAGCAUUUAUUCCUGCUGUGUGACACCCAUUCAGGGCCAGGGGACAGUGAUGGCUUUUUGGGGCUGAUAGCAGGGAAGAACCCUGGUAGAAUUCUGGCUGCAACACUUCCCUUGUUAAGAUGGGUUUCACUUCCAGUAACAGACCCUAUCGCCACACUGUUCAUUUACUUAAAGUGUAUGAAGAAUUUGUAACUUAAACCAGGCCAGACUGUUUUGGCUCUACCCAACUGAUGAGAUAUGGAUAUUAAAAUAAGUUUUAAGAAACUGA